AUGGCAUCAUCAAGUCAACUCCAAUUUGAUGAUCUUGAUUCAGAUCCUACCCUCAUCAAUGACGAUCUCCGCCCGACGAAUUCCGAUCAACGGACGUUUUCCGGGCUGGAAAUGGCCAGUUUGUGGGUGGGACUUGUGGUAGGUGUGCCAUCAUAUUAUCUUGCUGGUAGCCUAGUUGACCUUGGUAUGUCAUGGUGGCAAGGAAUUGCCACUGUUGUUGUUGCCAACAUAAUCUUGUUAUUCCCAUUAGUCCUCACUGGACACCCCGGAACACGGUACGGGAUACCGUUCCCGGUCUUGGCUCGAUCGUCGUUCGGUAUUCGAGGUGCACAUAUUCCAACUCUCUUAAGGGCAUUGGUGGGUUGUGGCUGGUAUGGAAUUGAAACAUGGAUUGGAGGUGAAGCAAUUUUUCUUCUAUUGCCAAAAGCCAUUAAAGAAUCUUUAGUUUCUCGACCUGUUUCCUGGCUUGGUACUUCCCCUCUUGAAUUUGCUUGUUUUAUUACAUUUUGGGUAGCCCAAUUGGGAAUUGUGUGGAAAGGAAUGGAUGGAAUCCGUGAACUAGAAAAAUACUCUGCCCCAAUUCUUAUUUUUCUCACAUCUUGUCUUCUUAUUUGGUCCUAUGUUAAGGCUGGAGGAUUCAGUCACAUGCUAUCUUUAUCUUCAAGACUAUCAUCUUCAGAAUUUUGGUCACUUUUUUUCCCUUCAUUGACAGCGAAUAUAAGUUUUUGGGCUACUCUUGCACUUAACAUACCGGAUUUUACCCGGUAUGCCAAGAGCCAAAGGGAUCAAAUUAUAGGCCAAUCCGGGCUUCCAAUCUUUAUGGGCGCGUUCACUUUUGUUGGCCUAGCGGUGACCUCGUCCACCAAAGUUAUAUUUGGGAAUGUGAUUUCCAAUCCGAUUCAACUUUUGGGCCAAAUUGGUGGGGUUUUCACGAAGAUUCUUUCUAUUUUUGGUAUAAGUCUUGCCAUAGUUACAACUAAUAUUGCAGCAAAUGUUGUGGCUCCAGCCAAUGCACUAGUCAAUCUUAGCCCUUCAUACUUCACUUUUCGUAAAGGUGCACUCUUAACGGCGUUGCUCGGGAUAGCUUUUCAGCCCUGGAGGCUUCUUCAGUCCAGCGAAAGCUUCGUUUACACGUGGCUAGUUGGAUAUUCCGCGUUGUUGGGACCAAUCGGGAGCAUUAUUUUAGUAGAUUACUAUCUGAUUCGACGCGCGAAUUUAAGCAUUAAGGACUUGUACUCGUUGAAUCCUGGAGGGGCUUACUAUUAUUCUGGUGGAUACAAUUUGGCUGCAAUUGGGGCAUUGAUCAUAGGGAUUUUGCCAGUAAUUCCAGGCUUCUUGCAAAAAGUUGGAAUUUUGAGUAGAGUCCCAAACGCAUAUACCAUUAUAUACAAUAAUGCUUGGUUCUUUAGCUUCUUCUCAGCAGGGAUUCUUUACUGGAUAAUUUCGUCUUUCAAAGGCAACCAGAAUAGUCAUCAGCUCAAAGAUCCCCUUUUACCUAACAUACCUUAG